CAUCGACGAGUCGUGCGCGCGCGUUUUACAAAAUACUCCCUCUGCAUUCGCUCAGUUUACGCGACUCGAGCGGACGAAUUUUCACUUCAAGUUGAAAUUUCAUGAGAUAUCAGUUUCCCAGUCAGGAAUUAGUUCAGCACCCUUGGAAUUAGUUCGUCAGUUCAAAUCGUCUGGGAAUCAGUUCUAAACGUCUGGGAAUCAGUCCCAAACUGACUGGAAUCAGUUCGAAAAGCAGAAAAUCGACUGUGAGAAAGUUUCUUUCUCGGAUUUUUCUUUGGACCUACCGAAGCCAAGUUCAUCAGAGAAGCCCGCCGGGACAAGUUGAAAAUGACAAUGUGCUGUGUGUGUGUACAGUGCAGUGUCUUGGUGAUAACUUAGUGAUAACACGCGCGUCACCUACAAACUAGUCGCUUUUUGCCUUUAUCGUUGGAUUGACACUUGAGAUAAGAGCCAAAAGCGGAAAUCCGGGAACUUCCCGGAGAAUCCAGGAUUAUUAAGAGAGACCUUAUGUCACUGUAUCGAGAAGUGGAGACGAGGCACAAAGUGGGUCGCCACUUUGAGUGAUCCUAAUUUCGUCUCUAUCCUUCCCCUUCUUUCUUUCUCUUUUGCUUUUUCUCUCUUUCUUUCUCUACCUUCGAAUUUUUAUUGUUAGCCGCGAACAAUUCGCGCUUCUUCGAAAAGUGGUAAAUUAGAAGGCCUCAAAAAUUCUCGACAUAAUCAUGGACAUGAGCAGCGAAUCGAGCGCGGCGAGGUGGUACGCGCCGCCGAGAAGCCUCGAGCCCCCGUCGGGGGCUGGGGGGCCAGCCGGGGUCACCGAGGUCGUCGGCAACCCCGAUUACAGGGGUUACUAUGGCCACGCCGGACCAACGACCCAUCACCCUGCAGCAGCCGCCCACUAUGCGCACAGUAGAAUGUCAUCGAGUGGAGUAGGAAGUGGACCAGUGAGUCAAGUUUGUCGCCCUCACUUUCAUAGUUCUGUCCUCCACCCCUGGUUAUCAAGCACAGGUGCGGAUACCUCAAAACCGUGGGGUUUUCCAGCCACCACUGCUUCAUCAGCACCCAAUGGUGAAGACAAACCCCAAAGUCCACUGGGUUCUUCCUUACCUCCGAGCGCCGCAAGUCUCUCGAGUCACGGAGGGGCCAGUGGUCAUCACCUAUUUUCCUUUCCACCGACGCCGCCCAAAGACGCGACGCCGGAUAGCAUAACAGCCAGUACAACGUCAAGCACGACGAAUGGCGCCAGCAAUAAUAACAAUAACUCAACCAGCAACAGUAAUAACAACUCUCUGAGCCUUGGUGGCGGUGGUAGCAGCGAGUACCAAGCAGCAGUUGCACAUGCAGCAGUUAUGGGAGCCUUCAUGCAUCAUCAAGAUGCUCUUGGUGCAACUUCCGGUGGAUCCUGUGAUGUAAAACCUUCGGUGAUGCUGGGACAUCAUCAUGGCGCACCAUCUCCUCCCCAUCAGCACAGUGGUUCCAACGGUGGUAGCGGGCAGGUGAAACAACGCGAAGGUAAUAACCAAUCUGCUGGAGGCAAUGGGCCAUCUAGCGUUGGAAACCAGGCGUCAGCCAGUCAACAACAACAGCAGCAGGACUAUCAGAGCAACCAGCAGGCACCAAACUCGCCUUGCCGGGACUCAUACGCCACAUCCCAUCAUGCCACAUCCGGCUCCCAGUAUGAUCCCACCACGGCCUACAACAUGUACCAACACCUCCAAUAUCCAAACCAUCAUUCCCACAAUCCUCAUAAUGGGCCCUCCUCGAUAUUCUCUACAAACCACCACGGUUCCGGCGUCUCCGGGGUCAGUCCCGACUCUAAACUCUUAGGGUCUCACGGGAACACCCCCAACUCGCCCGGUUCCCAACAACAGCAGCAGCAAAAGCCGAGGAACAAGUCCAGAACGUCCGCCGAGGGUCGUGAGUGCGUCAACUGUGGAGCAACAUCGACACCCUUGUGGCGGAGGGACGGAACCGGCCACUACCUCUGCAAUGCUUGCGGUCUCUACUACAAGAUGAACGGGCAAAAUCGACCACUCAUCAAGCCCAAACGACGACUGUCCCUGCAGAGUGCUGCAAGAAGGGCGGGUACGAGUUGCGCAAACUGCAAGACGGCUACAACGACACUCUGGCGAAGAAAUCAAGCCGGCGAGCCUGUUUGCAAUGCAUGUGGUCUUUACUACAAACUUCAUAACGUUAAUCGACCACUGACGAUGAAAAAGGAAGGGAUUCAGACGAGAAACAGGAAGUUGUCUUCGAAAAGCAAAAAGAAGAAGGCUGGAGGCUGUUUGGGUCUAGGUGGAGUCAUGGGUGACAUGAUCAAGGCGAGUGGACAUCUUGACCUGGAUAACAAACCUUUCCAUUCAGGAUUUGGUUCCCCAAUGGGCUCCUCGCAACACCAUCAUGGGAUGCAUCCGUCGAUGCAACAUUACAUGUACCACCCGGGAGUCGGUAUUCCAGGAGGUCUCCAUCAAGGAUUUGCACCGCCGGCGCCACCUUCCAUCCAUCCGCACUCGCAUUCGCAUUCCCAUUCUCAUCACAUGACGAGUCUUCAGGGUCUUCAAUUAGCCGCCACGACGAACGCAAUGAGCGGUUGGCGAUCAGAGUAUACAUGAAUGGAGAUCGUCGAUUAGCAGCAAAAUGAGACCAGGACGCAGCCCACCCCUCUGUUAAAAGAACCUCUUUUCCUCUAAUUUGAGAAAGGGAUUAACUGCAGAUAUACAUCUAUAUAAAAAUAAAAAAUAUAUAUGUACUAGUACGAGAUGAAGGGAGUUUCCUGUAAAUAUGUAAAGUAUAUUAAUAUUUAGGGCCAUUGCGCCCCGGCCCCAAGUACAAACGAAGUCAGCUAUACUUGUAUCGAUUCUUAUAUUCUGUAAAUAUCGUGGUAUAUAUAUCUAUAUAUAUAUAUAUAUUAUAAUAAUAAUAUUAAUUAUUAUUAUAUAAUAAAAUAAAUUCGCGUCGUGCGAAGUUGAUAGUCGCGUGCGUGAAUAUGUUGAGAAUCCGGUCGUCUUGCUCUUCACUUGCUUCCUUUCUCGAAAGGGAUUUUCAUCCCCUAAAUUAGGAAAAAAAAUAAUUCCUCGGGAAAAAUGUUAUUGCAUUUCCCGGGACUUAAUUUAUCAGUUACAGAAAAAAUUGUCGCGUAAAAUAUCUUAAAAAAAUAUAAAAAGAAAAAUUGAUUCAGGGUUCUUUGAAUUUUUUUCGAGAGGGGAAGGGAGUUUUUUUUAGAGAUUUUCGAUUAGGGUAUGAAGCCCUGCGAUUAGGUUGAUCGACUUCCGAGAUUCUCGAGUCUAAACGAGAAGCUUAUUUAAUCGAAGGUAUCGUGCAAUUUAAGGUAAUAAAAAAAUUUUCCAAGGUGUGCCCGAUCGGACACAUCAUUUGCAAUUCCAAACAAUUUUAAACUGAAAUUAAAUAUUUUAAAAAUUUGUAUAUCACUCCCACUGAAUUAUUUAUGACUGAUUUAGGUAAGAGGCUGUGUAGAAAAAUGGACUUUUAAGUUUCAUGGACAAUUUUAAAAGUCAAAAAUAAUCAAAGAGUCAAAGCGAAAUUUUUUAGAGAUUUUAAAGAAUUGUCCGAUCGCGCCGCCGUUGUUUCGUGUGUUGUACUGGUUAGUGAUAAAAGAUAUUAAUUAUAAAUUAUAUCGAUUCCCAGCGCGCGCCAUUUAAGUCCCAACCCGAAAAUUCUCUUCCUGGAAAACUGGUAAGAAUUUUAUAAAUAUUUAUGACCUCAAUUUUCGAGAUUGAAAAAUUGACAAAAAUUUUUGAAAAAGUUAGGAGAAUUUUUCCGAACUGGGGAUAGCUGGGAGGACGUAGCUCAAAUAACGAGACGUAUGGAUAAAUUAAUGAACAAAAAAAUAUAGUCAAAGGCACAACCCGAGAGGCGCGCGGAGUGUAAAUUUUGUAUCUUCGAGAUUGUGUAUCGUGUUAUUGAUAAUUGUAACAGUUAUAUUAUCGACUGUGCAUAAAGCUACUAUAGUGUUUAAUCACGUAAUGUUUUACAUAGAUAGUCAAAAGUAUUAAGACGAGAGAAUAUAUCGAUAAAUACGUCAUUGAAUAUUUUAGGUUCAAUAGCCAAAAAUGGCCAUUGAACAAAGAAAUUUAUUUUUUUAAAUUAAUAUUACAGAAAACUUGUUUUUGUUUCAAGGAGAUUAAUCAUCCUUAUGCAGUUUAAUAAACAGGAAACAGAUCAGAGCCAUUGUAAAGUUAGCUGAAGGACGCAGCUCGGCUCUCACGUGCGGAGAACCCCGGCUAGAGAAUCAAAAAACUUGCGCGCGCACGUUGUUCUGGAGUGGGGACGCCUGGCAACGCGUAGCAACAUGGCACGCUCGGCGUGCGCGCGCACGCUUAGCCACUAAUCUUACCGGGGUUCUCCACUCGUGAGAGCCGAGCUGCAUUCCUCAGAUAACUUCACAGCGACUCUCAUCCGCUUGUUAUUAGUAAGUUAAAAAUUUUGUUGGAAUCUCGAAUAACGAUACACUUUAGAAGAUGUUUGUUAAAUUUUAUGAAUUUUUAUUAAUUUCAUUUAUAGAUGGCCAUUUUUGACUAUUGAGUCUAAGUGAUAUUAACAACACUGUAAGCUCUCCCCUGCGUUGAGUACCGCAUUGUGAUUUUUCGAUUUCUAGAGGUUAACUCAUUCUAGUGUAAUUAUCAUGGAUUUUACAGCUCGUGGGAUUUUAUGCCUCGUCUGUUGCACUUGGUUGCGAUUUUCUAAAAGACUGAUAAACAAAAAAGUGAAAGUAAGAAGCGGGUAUUUUUGAAAAUCGCAAAAUUCGAGUGCAUGUAGGUGUUUUUUGACGUGAAGUCCGCGCCCGCAUACAUACGUGAAAAAGAAUGGUAUCUAUAAUAGUAUUAUUAGGGAGUAGCGCGUAGAGUCUGUACGGUAUUGUUUUUUUCAUGACGAGCGUUUGAAAAAAAUAAAUAAAACGGAAAAAAGCGAUAAUUUCGCCGCGAUCACACGCAAUUGCUACACAGUCUGCUACACACACGCAUCAUGUACACUGGCAGCGAGGGUCAGGCGUUUAAAGUCGCGCGGAGGCAUAAAUGGUGUAAAAAUGAAUGUAAGAUAUUAUUGUAAAAAAGGUUUUAACUUAAAAUAAAUUAAAUGAUAAAUCAUACCAUAA